AUGUUCAUUCUCAAGCGCGCCCUUUUCCUUGGUUUGGCUGCUACCUUGGUUGCCUCACGAGCCCACGAACAUGUCCCUGUUCAUGGCCAUGUGUUCAAAAGAGGGCUCCCAGAGCCGGUGGGAAACAACAGAAUCCCCAAUACCAUCGUCCUUGGGGAUGAAACUUGGACCCGCCAAGAAAUCAUCGACGCAAUAGGAGACUCUCGCAAUGGGCCAAAGAACUUUAUUAACAAGGGACUGGAGAAUAAAGGCGGCAGAUGGGUAUCCAAGAAUGGUCCAUUAUUUGAAGGCGCUGGAUCAGGCCUGGACGAGUGGGACUUGACCAAAUUAAAUAAUCGCGGAAAAUACCGAGCUAUUACCACGAAAAAGAAUAAAAACUUUAUUGGUAUUACAGAACAUGUUGAGCAAAACAACGUCCGAGCCUUUUAUGAUGUCAGGGAGCAGGUUCGUGCAGGGACAUUUCUCAAUGGCGGAACUGUUGAAGAAAGAGUAACCGGCAUCAACGGACUGCACUUCGGCCGCAAGGACAUCGUGGCGUCUAUGGAGAGUAAGGCAAGGCAAAAGGUCCCAGAUAAAGACGGACAGUGGAGGUCCAAGAUCUCGCCACUGGGUGGGAGUAAGGAGGGAGACUUCAAUGUUGUCUAUAAGAACAACAAAUUCCUGUAUAUUGAAGAUGCAUCUAAGCUGGGCAAAGACUUGGCUGAAAGAAAAAUCUUUUCGCCACCAAAGGUUACCAACACCGACGGAGCAGGGUCAUCUUGCAAGAGAGACGCAAAGUCAGACUGUAUUCCGGGUGAGGGAACUAAACCCAAGAGUGAAGAAACCAAACCCAAGGGUGGGGAAGCUCCAAAGGACGUGGAAAGAGCCAAGAGGGCCGAAACCGUGUCGAAGGAGAAAUUUGAGGAGCUCGCACGGAAACACAAGCUCAAUGAAAUCCCAAAGAAGAUUAAGCCGGAUAUGGACCUCGAGGGGUUCAGACAGAAGUUGAAUUACAAGGCACUAGAGCCCAGCUCACCAAGACUUCGUCCUGGCUCUGGUGGUGUAGCCGUAAAGUUGCUUGGCAGUGCAGGAGGUGCCUUGUGGGUUGGCGGAGUUAUCGAGGCCUUUGCAACCGACAUGAGUGCGUUGGAUCGGGCGGCAGCCCUGUCAGCUAUCGUCCCGUUUCUGGGCUGUACUGUGAACGCGGUGUCCUCUCUGCGAGCUGGCAAAAGUGACGUUUUUAACGGAAUUGAUACGGCCUUGUGCUUGAUUGGCGAUGCCUUUACGGUAAGCGGCUUUAUUCCCGGUAUUGUGGUGGUAGAGUUGGCCCGAUGGAUUGUCACCUUAUUUGAACCUAUUCCAGGACUGCCGACUAUACAGGACUUGCAAAAGAGCCGCGACUCAGUCUGGUUGGACAAGUUUAUCAGACAACGCGUCUUCAAAUACAUAUACGCAGCUGUUGUCCCGAGUGACGGGGAGAACGAGUUUACUAGCAAGCUGGCCAUUGCUUUCGGGACCGAGUCUUUGGCAGUUGUAUCCGAGGGUGCGCAGCAGAUUGGUGCGCUCAAUGCCAGCAGCUCGAUUCUGGACCCUAGCCCUGAGUUGAACCAGGAAGAACUCGAGGUCGGCGCCGAAAAGGCCAUUGGACAAGUCACCGACGCCAUAUCAGCCGAGAUUAUACGCAGGCAGCGCAAGUACUUGUUGGGUCUUCCUGUCUCUCUCAAGGAAAACUCGACCGCCUUUUUACAAGCUGUUGGCAAGGAAUACAACAAGGAUUUUAUGGAAAUGAUUCAAAGACCAGAGCAUUUCCAGAAAUAUCCGAAUUCGUGGUUCGAGAAGCAUAUUGAGCCCGUCAUCGACGCAGUCGCCAGCUUCAUUGCACCAGUUUACCCCGGCGACCCGUAUUCGAAUUCCAAAACCUUCAUGGCUAACGCCGCAGUGACACUUGAGCAGACGCCCUUGCCUAUGCCUGACCUCUUGGAAAUCGCUUUUAUCCUUGGACAGUCAAAGGCACUAGCUGUUAGUGACGAGGUGCUUUCAGUCAUGGGUUACCUCAAGGAGCAGUUGCCAGGCAAAUCCGACAAGGAGCUUCAAAAGGUUGCUGGCCAACAAGCAUUCAGUGUUAUCAAGGCUAUUCAUGGCGAUAUCAAGGAGUCUGAUCUCCCGCAGAGUCCCCUAAUUCAAGACAAGAGCAUUCGGCAAGGACUCCAAGUUCUACUAGCUAUACACUUGGGUAAGGUGGAAGAUACAAGAAAGAGGAUCGUCAUCGCAGGCUCCAGUUUAUACCCUACACCGCAGGAAGUGAGCUGGGCCAGCCUACCACUGGUUCCUCCUGCCAAUGUCGGUGAUAACAGGGCCGGUCUUGUGGCGUCGAUGCUUGGAUUGAUUGAUACAACUACUUGGUGGAAGUAUGAGAAAGGGGGUCUUUCUGGCGACGAGAGGAAGAAAUUUGCCUCUACUCUCAAAGAGCAUCAAGACACAAUGCUUGCCUAUGAGUCCUCUUAG